AUGGUAAACUUCAAAGCUUUAGAAGAUGCAGGCCUUAUAAAUCUAAAUUUUCCUGCUGAAAAGGAAAAAGUUGAAGGCGUAAAAAUAUCUUUAGAAGAUAUUGAAAAAGCCUUUAAAAUAUUAGACGAAAAAAAUUAAGGGUCAAAAAUAUCCCUUUAGGAAUUAAAAAAGAAAAUUCCUGUUUUAAACCCUAAUUUUCCUCUUAAUGAAAUUCCAGCUUUAACACAGGGAAAAGCAGAAAUAAAAUCAAAAGAACUUUUUGAAUUAUUAAAAUAAAAUGAAUUAGAGAACUUUGAUCCUUUAUAAGAGGCUUUUAACCUUUUAGAUCCUAAUAAAACAGGGGCUAUUGAUAUGGGAAGACUUCAAAAAGUUUUUUCAGUUUUAGGAUAUGCUGAUUUGGAUUAAAAAGAUAUUAGUAUAUUAGAAGAAUGCCUAAAUAUUAGGGCUGAUAAAUAAGGAAAAAUCACUUUAAAUGAUUUAAGGGAUAUUUUUGAAAAUGAAAAUUGA